UGUAAAGUAAAAGCUAUCUCGGCGCUGCUUUCGAAGUCAGGAAAGUGUGCAUCCGACCUCACAAACAAAAAUUUCGCUGCAUCACAAGUAAUUUACAUAUCAUCAUGGCUUCAAUUGCACGCUGCCUGAGGGCUGCCAGGCCUGUAGGAGUUUCCAUUCUCGCCAAGACCCCGCGACCGGCGCCGGCCGUCGGUAAAAUGAAUGUGGUUCGGCCGUUUUCGGUCACUGCCAUAAACCCGAUUCGCAAGUACACCAAAGACCACGAAUGGAUUGACCUCAGCGCCGACAAGAAGACUGGCGUCAUCGGUAUUUCUGAGUAUGCGGCCGAAGCCCUGGGCGACGUCGUAUACGUCGAGCUGCCCGACAUAGGCAAAGAUAUUUCCAAGGGCGAUGCCAUUGGCGCCGUCGAAUCGGUCAAGUCGGCUGCCGACAUCAACUCCCCCAUCUCGUGCCGAGUCACUCAGGUCAACAACGUCCUUGAGGAGGCUCCCGGUACCAUCAACAAGGUCCCCGAGGAUGAUUCCCACGGCGGUGGCUGGAUUGCAAAGGUCGAGGUUGGCGAGCAGGGCGUCAAGGAGCUGGAUGAGCUUAUGGAUGCCGAGGCCUACAAGGCUUUCACUGAUGCUGCCGAGGAGCACUAAAUCUGUGCUGCACAGUUGAUUGUCAGACAUGGUCCAAAGGUGCAAGCUGAAACGGGUCAUGCGGCAGCUUGCUUGAGCAAUAUCAUCCGCUGUGCUAGAUUUUGCUUCAUGGAGCUGCCGGAAUCAGCUCUGAAGUGCAAUUUACCUGGGUUGUAUGUAGCAUUACUGGGAAGGGGUUCAAAAUCUAGACCGAGUCUUUUGCUCGCCGUUGUCAUUAAGCUUGCUUUUGUCUCCUGUCUAAUGCCCUACAGAUGUUCUAUCUCUCUGUGUGUCCGUAACACUAAGAACUUGUGCCAUGCUUGGGAGUACAGUGCAGUCUCACGCCGCCGCUCCAGCUACCGUCUUCACUGGCGGUGCCAAGCGAGUCUGGGUGAUGACAUCAAGUAUUUUCUUUGCUCCUCUCUCCACCAAAACCUGUGAUACUUGCUUACCGAGAGCCUCGGCUUCCUCCUGGUUGGAGACAGGGGCGGACGCGUCAGCAUCUACUGCCUCCGACCCAUCCAGAGCCACUACUGUGGCCCUCAACCUGAGCGUUUUGCCCUCGUCCAACCAUGAUGUCUCGACGCCGAUGGGAACGCUGCAUCCACCCUCCAGUGUUCGCAUGACCGUCCUCUCGGCCCAGCCGGCUUUCAUCGUCGGCAUGUGCACCAGACACUCGAGCACCUUCAAGGUCUCCUUGUCACCCUUCCGUACCUCGAGCCCAAGAGCACCCUGUCCCACGGCGUGCAAGACACCACCACCUUCCGUCGUCGAGUCGAGAUACUGCGCGAUUCGCGAGUGUUGAUCCAUACGGUGUAGGCCUGCGGCUGCCAAGAUAAUGCAGUCGAACUCGCCAUCCUCGGCGUCGAGCUUGCGCAACCUCGUGUCGAUGUUGCCGCGGUAGUCCCGGAAACGCAGCUCGGGGUACCACCGCUUGAGCUGAGACGAUCUCCUUGGGCUGCUGGUACCAACCAGACUGCCUUUGGGCAAAUCACCAAUGGUCUUGCAGCCGGCCUGAACAUGUUUGGGCUUGAUGACCACGACAUCGCGCGGGUCCUCACGCUCCAUGACCGCGCCGAGCUCGCAGUUAUCCGGGAGGGUAGUCGGCAUGUCCUUGAGGCAGUGGACGAUGAAGUCGACCUCGCCAGUAGUGAGCAUUGCCUCGAGCUCGUUGGUCCACAUGCCCUUUCCCAUUGAAGGCAGUGGUGACACCUUGUCCUUGUCUCCCUGAGUGGCGAUGGCGUUCACUUCGAAUUUGAUAUCCGGGUGCUCCUUUUGCAGAAGUGCAACCGUAUGUUCUACCUGCCUGAUGGCAAGUGGCGACCGGCGGGUGCCGAUCUUGACGACCCUGCUGUUGCUCAUGGUUGCGGUGUCUCCGGAUGACCGGGAGAGAAAUUAUUUUGUUGCGGCAAGCUGAUUCGAUGGCAAAAUUUAGCCCUUUCAGCGUCAAGGAGUUACAGUGACCAAAGACCAAGACUAGAGUUAGACUAGGUACAAGGCAAGCCGUUGCUCAGGAUACCUUAUUGAUAUAAAGUAUGAGUAAAGGUAUAACCUUAUGGUCAAAAUUUGUGUAAUAGUCCCAAAUCUCCAAGCAACCCACUGGAAUGCUUGCUUUUAGACGUC